AUGGCUCGAUUCGCGGCCGCAGCCAUCGCCCCCUUGUGGGUCUUUGUCCUCGCGGCCGCGCUCCUCAUCGCACGCGCAGAGUCCGACAUCAGCGCAUUCGCAAGGUCUCUCCAAACACAGCUGACGGACGUCACGCUGAGCCCUCCAAGCCCGGUGGUGGGAGACGCCCAUGGCACCGACGUGGCGCUUUCCGGGGACGGUCUCGUCGCCGUCGUCGGCGCUCCCCUCCGCGACGGAAACGCCACCGCGGCGGCGGGCCAGUCAGGCGCCCCCGAAGCCUGUGUCCCCGGCUCGCUCUGCAACACCGGACAGGCCGCCGUGUUCCUGAAGAGCAACGGCACCUGGUCGCUUGCGAGCCUUCUGAACGAAACCGUCGACCUGACGGCGCGCGGGUUCACGCGCGGGCACUUCGGGGCGAGCGUCGCCGUCAGCAGCGACGGCAGCACCGUCGCCGUGGGCGCCCCGGCGCCGCUGAACGCCACCGCCGCCGGGAAUCGCGCGGGAGUGGUCUACCUGUUUGGCCGGCAGAACUCCACCUGGACGCGCACGGUCGCGCUCCAGGCCACCACGAACGUGCCGGCCGCCGGCGCCGCCGACGCCUUCGGGGCCGACGUGUCUAUCAACGGGGCGGGAACCACCGUCGUCGUAGGCGCGCCCUCCGCCACCGUGUCCGGCCAGGCCGCCGCCGGCGCGGCGUACAUCUUCGCGCUCUCCAACGGCGUCUGGAACAUCUCGGCCACGCUGACCGCCGCGACGCCCGCGAGCGACGCGUCCUUCGGGUCGUCGGUCGCGAUCUCUACGGACGGCAACACGAUCGCUGUCGGGCAGCCGGGCGCCGCCGGGGCGCCCGCCGGCACCGGGAAGGUGCUCGUCUACAAGCAGGUGUCGUCGUCCUGGACGCUCGUCGCGACCGCGACCAGCCUGGGCGCGCGAGGCUUCGGGAACAGCGUGGCCCUCGACGCGAGUGCCACGCUGCUGAUUGUCGGGGCACCGGACACGCCGGAGGGCCUCGUGGCCGGCGCGGGGCGCGCGGAGGUGUUCGCGCUCGGCAGUUCGAACUCGCAGACGGUCGCGGUGCCCGUGUUCCACAUCGUGCUGCCGUUUGGCAGCACCGCGCUUGGUCUGGGGGACCACGUGGCGGUGUCUGGCGACGGCAAGGUGCUCGCGGCGGGCGCGCCGGGUGGCACGGGCGCGCUGCUGCUGUUCCGGGAGCACACCGCGACGCGGGGUGUCUGGGCGAGGCUGGACGAGCAGCAGCCGCCGUCUGGCGGCGGGGCAGCGACCAGGUUCGGAGACAGCGUGUCGCUGAGCGCGGACGGGUCCGACGUGCUGACGGGCGCGCCUGGGUGGACGCCGUCUUCGUCGCUGACGAGCUCCGGCACCGCGACGGUGCGGAAUGUGGCGUCCCUGAGCAGCGUCAACAUCACCGCGUUCGCGAAGCCUUUCGACGGCGCUCCGCUCGCGCUGGGCGGCACGGCGCGUGGCGACCUCGGCCUGUCGAUCGCGACGGACGCCUUGGGGGACAGGAUCGCCAUCGGCUCGGACGUCGGCGUUUACAUGUUGCAGAAAACCAACACGUCGGUGUCGUACCUCGGCCGCUUCGACCGCCCCGUCGAGGCCGGCGACGAGUACCGCGUGUGGGCGCUGGAGGCUACGGCGAACAUGGAGUCGCUGUUCGUGGGGUCGAACCUCCUCGACAGCACGGGCGCGGCCACGAACGGGUCGAAGGUGUCGCUGUCGGGGUACGUGGACGUGUGGCGGUCGCAGGCGAACGGGACGCUGGCGCUGCACCAGAAGAUCACGAACGAGGACCUGCGGACGCAGAGCUUCAGGGUGUCGGGCGGGAACCAGGUGCUGUCGGGCGAGAGGCUGGGCGCGAGCGUGGGCGUGUCGCGGGACGGGGCGUGCUUUGCGGCGGGCGCGCCGGGCUUCCGGACGGCGACGGGGAGCCAGGGGCGCGUGUACGUGUACGCGCUGAACACGACGACGGACGCGUACGUGCGGAGCGCGGUGAUCGAGUCGCCGGACCCGUCGGACCGGAUGCAGUUUGGCGGGGUGUGGGCCGGGAGCACGGCGGUGACGACGGGGUGCGGCCGCGUGGCGACGGGGGCGUACUUCCGGACGUUUAACGGGACGCGGUCGGGGUCGGUGUUUGUGUACGAGCGCGACGCGACGACGGGCGCGUACGGGAACGCGACGGAGGUGGUGUAUCCUGAUGCGCAGGCGAACUCGUGGUUUGGGUACGCGGUGGCGCUGGACGGCGAGGACCUGUACGCGUCGGCGCUGCGUGUGGACGACGGGGCGACGCCGUCGGCGGGCGCGGUGUACUGGUUUAGGCGCGACAGCGGGACGGGGACGUGGACGCUGGUGCGCAACAUCACGGCGUCGCCGGGGAGCGCGUCGGGGGAGUUUGGGUCGCGGAUCGUGAUAUCAUCGAACCGGCUGCGGAUGGUGGUGGGCGCGAAGAACUACGCGGAGGCGACGAACGGCGACGACAACGGCGCGGCGUUUGUGUUUGAGCGCACGUCGGUGACGGCAGACUGGGUGCAGGUCACGCGGCUGCAGGCGGGGGCGCCGGAGGACGGGAGCGAGUUUGGGACGGCGGUGGCGAUGUCGCUGGACGGCGGGCAGGUGUACGUCGGGGCGUCGUGGUCGGACACGGCGGGCAUCAACGCCGGCGCCGCCUACGCUUUCGACGAGCGCGCCUCUCUCCCGGUCACCACCGGCCCCCCCACGACCGUUGGCCCCGUACCGACGACCGUCGCCACCAACCCUCCUUCCGCAACCAACGCCCCUGGCAGCGCGGCGACGCAGGCGCCUGCCGUCGCCACCACUGCGCCGCCCACCUCUCGCAUUGAGGUUACCAUCGGCCUGUCCUCGCCAACCGACGUAUCCGCAGCCACCCUGACGUCAAUCGAACAAGAGAUCUCCGGGAGACUCGGCAUCGCGUCUAGCCGCGUCAGCGCCCGCGUCCAGGCGCGGCGCCGCCGCGUCAGCGAGAGCGCCCGCGCCCUGCUGGUCGUCGGCACGGCGAUCAUUGCCACGGUCCAGGCGGAGAGCACCGCGCAGGCCCAGACCCUCAACACGCAGCUGCAGUCUGCCGUCGACAACGGGGCCCUCAGGACCGCCGUCGAGGCCCUCGGCCUGCCCGUUGCCAACAUCGGCACGACCGUCGUCGCGCCCACGAACGUCGGCACGGCCGCACCGGCCGGUGGCGACGGGCUGAGCACCGGCGCGGUGGCCGGCAUCGUGGUGGCGGCGGUGAUCGGCAGCGUGGUCAUCAUCGGCGUCAUCGUCGCUGUGGUGGUUGUGUCGUCGCGGAAGAAGAAGGAUGCGUUCGCCAAGGAGGACAACUUCGACACGCUCAGCGCGGGCCUCCCGAAGCUGGACUGGGUGAUGGAGAAGGACGCGAGGGCCAGCACCGACCAGGAGGGGAAGUUCACGGAGAGCGCUUCGGGCUUCGGAACGUCGCUGCCGCCGGCCGUCUCGGAGUACGCGGCUACCGACAACGUCACGGCCAGCAUCGUGCCCCGCCCGGAGUUGGCGUUCCUCAAGGAGAAAGCACGGGCACAGGAAGCCCGGCUCGCAGCUGGAGGCGGAACCCCAGGCAAAGACGGCAGGAUACAGGCCUCUGCGGCUCAGAACAAGCCCAACGACGGGUCGGCCACGGGCAGCGGGGCCACGAACCAGGGCACCGCGACGGUGCAAGGCUCCUCGGCGGGGGGGUCGGGCACGACUGGGCCAAGCACAGAGGCGCACGCCCAGCCCGACGCGUGA